UCCCGUGUGUGUUACUUUUUUCCACCGAACAAGGGAGACUGCUUACUCACUAUCCGUCUGCAAAUGUUGCUUCUUCGUCGCCUGUAAAAACCACAUCUCCUUCGUUGUAUCUUCGAUUGCUCUUUUCUUGAUGUAAGAUAACGUCUUCUUCAUUCUGUAUUUGAGUAUUUUGUAAUGGGUAGAACAUUUUCAAAUUGAUUCAUGGUAUUAUUAUUUUGAUUUAGUAUAAAUUGUUUUGGUUUAAUUUGUAAUGGGUAAUCAAAUUAGGGGUAUUUUCAACUAGGUCAUGUUCAUUUAGAAUAAAAUGGCUAUUAUUGUCUUAUGAUUUCUGUAUAAUAUUUAUUUCCUGUUGGGAGAGUGAAGUUUGGGAAUGAAGGAAAACAGUUAGAUUAUAUUUGGGCGAAUCAAUUUAAACGGCGAGGUACACAUUCAUUGUCGAACCUCUUAUUGUGUUUCCGCUAGUAAAAUUGAAAGUAGGAAGAGAAACAAAUCGAAAGAAGAAGAGAUAAACAAUACUCUUAGUAAAAAAAGGAAAGAUAGGAUAGAGGGUAUUAGUGAAGAACAUAUCUUGUACAUCCUAGCCCUUCCGUCUCAAUCGUCCGAGAGCAGACAUGUAUCGAAAGUGAAUAAGAGGAUAGAAAGCUUUAGUAAGGAAGUGCCCAAGCAUUUGGAAAAGGACAAACAUGAAAUUGUCUUAUUUUAAGGAUAAAGAACAAGUUUUAGGUGAUCAAUUGGAAGAUUCUGGCGGUGCAGUUAAGUGUUCCUUUGAUAGAGUUUACGUAUACAAAUGCCAAACUGCACAACUCUCCUGCCAAGUCUUCUUUAAGUGAGAUACAGCAUGUUCAAGGAGCAAACCUUAUUUUGCAAAGCAAUCACAGAGUGUUCCUCUGAGGAAAGGAGCUAGAAUUGUUUCACCUUAUUUCGAAAAACAAUCAAAGAGUGUUCCUCGGAGGAUAGGAGCUAGAGUUGUUUCACCUUAUUUUGCAAAGAAAUUUCUUGUAUCUCCUUGCCCAUUUCACUUGGCACUCGCAGCCCAAAAGGCUAGAAAAAGACUUCAAAGAAAAGCCCUCACUGCUGCACAGAAACGGGAUGAAGCUUAUGAAAGAAAAACUCCAGAAAACACUUGGACUCCUCCUCGUUCGCCCUUUCAUCUCAUGCAAGAAGAUCAUGUUUUUGAUCCUUGGAGGGUAUUAGUUAUUUGUAUGCUUCUUAACCUAACUACCGGAGUACAGGCUAGAAGGGUAUUGCCAGACUUAUUUCAAAUUUGUCCAGAUGCCAAGACUGCAAUGACGGCUAACGUGGACUAUGUGGCUGAUCUAAUACACAGCUUAGGUUUGCAAAAGAAGAGAGCAGUCAUGAUUCAGCGAUUAUCUGCACAAUAUGUGACUGAAAGUUGGACCCAUGUAACCCAGUUGAUUGGUGUUGGCAAGUAUGCAGCUGAUGCUUAUGCAAUAUUUUGUAAUGGAAAGUGGGAACGCGUCAAACCAGUUGAUCAUAUGCUGGUAAAAUACUGGGAAUUUCUCCGUAAGUUAUAUGCAAAUCCGGUUCCUCAAGCUGCUCCUACUGUUUAAAGUUUAAACUUCUCCUUUCCCAUAUAAUUAUACUUAAGGCUGCUCCAUACCCAAAGGGCAGGAUUGAUUCCCUUACCAUAUGGUUAAGGAUGAACGAAUCCCAUGCCACUCGACCACACCCCUUAGGUUGAAAAAUGUCAUUUUUUAAUGAUGUUCGAAACGACGUGUUUUAUUAAAAUAAAUAUUUUUUUCUUA